AUGGCCCGCGCCGUCUCCGCCGCCCCCAGCGCCCCGCGCCUCCUCCACGCUGCGCUGCUGCUGCUGCUCCUGGUGGCCACUUGCCAGCACGCUGCAGGGGCGCCCGCAGUCACAGAACUGCGCUGCCAGUGCCUAAAGACCUUGCAAGGAAUUCACCCCAAACAUAUUGAAAGCGUGAAAGUGACGGCCCCGGGACCCCACUGCACUGAAACCGAAGUCAUAGCCACUCUCAAGAAUGGACAGGAAGCUUGUCUCAACCCUGAAGCCCCCAUGGUUAAGAAAAUCAUCGAAAAGAUGCUGAACAAAGGCAACACAAACUGAUCUGGAAAGAAGGAGGGGACUUGUUUGCUGCUGUUCUUAAAGGAGAUUGUAAGAGGAGUCAAAGUGAAGAGACAAAACAAAUUGUCCCCAG